AUGCACCAGCAAGAGCAAGUGCAAGGCCAAGGAGUACUUCUCAAGCACCACCACCAGCAGGUGCAAGGCCAAAGAGUACUUCUCAAGCACCAACAAGAGGUAUGGGAACAAGGAGGACAACCAUUAGUGCUAAAUGGUUUGAAAAUGCAACAAGUUAUGCACCUGAUCAACUUCUUUGCUUCUCAGUCUAACGUGAGGAGGGGAAGACCAAGAAAAACCUCUGAAGCUUCUAGUGCUGCACCUGUUGCAGCCAAUGCACCUGAUCAACCUGCUGCUUCUCAGUCUAAUGUGAGGAGGGGAAGACCAAGAAAAACCUCUCAAGCUUCUAGUGUAACAGCUGUUGAUAAUGAAAGAGGAAGAACUACCCCUUACAAAAGGCCUAGGACUGUUGGAAUGGGUAUAUUUGUCGCAGAAAAUGGAUUUACAACAUACAAUCAUGGCUUGCCAAGUAGUAGGAUAAUUGAUGCUGCUCCAAGAAAGCAUAUAAGGUCGGUGAUGUUCUUUUGGGGACCUUGGUCACAAAGCAAGGAUGGGUGAGGUGGAAGGGCAAAGCAGCAAUGACAUCAAGCCAGCUUGAAGAGAUGAGGGUAAAUAAAAGGAAAAAAGUGACAGCAACCCAGAACUCGCAGACAAAGGAUCCAUGAAAGUAGUGUUAAUAUGUUGGUAGUUGGUAG